UUUGAGACGGAUUUAAGAUUCUCUAACAAUGACUAGUUUUACAUAGAUGAACUUGACUGAAAAAAGAACCAUGGAUGUACAAACAAAGCCCCAGGUUGAUCGAUCAACAAGAGUGGUUAAGCUUAAUCACACACUUGAAGGACAGUCGAAAAGAAAGGCCCCGGUGCUGCUAGUGCUAGAGUGCUAAAAAGGUCAGGACUAAGGACCGUCUCAGACGGAUUAGACAGGACUGUGAGUGGUACUUUAGCAGCUAAUAAUAGAUGGAACUGACGGUGCUCACUGUUCACUCACAGCUGACCUGAGGUUAAACACGUAAAAGUAGCAGCACAGGACGGGACCAGCUCGGCUCGGCUCACUCCCUUGUCCGCAUCUAGCCGCGCUUCACACCGCAGAGCAUCUCUCUCCAUCACAGAGUCCAACCAAGCGAGAAGAAGGAAGAUGGCGAGCAAGGCGGUCACCAUCGGCGAUCUGAUCCACCGCGUCGCCUCCUCCUGCCUCUCCAACCGCUUCCCGGGCACCUACACCCUCGACGGCUCCGACCUCGACGCCUCCGACGACGACGACGACCCCUUCGCCGACUUUGGGGACGCCGCCGACGCCGACGCCGACGCGGAGGACGAGUGCCCGCGCCCCACGGUCCGGGCGGACGAGGGGGACGAGGAGGCCAGUAGGCUCAGGAUCUGGGAGGAGGCGGAGGAGGAGAAGCGGCGGGCCAACAAUGCCGCCGCGGCGAAGGAGGCGGAGGCCAAGAAGGUGGAGGGGGCCGAGCGGGCGGGCGACGCGGAGGCGCUCAUGGCGGAGGUGUUCGACGCGGUCUCCGGCGUGCGGCGCGCGUACGCGGCGCUGCAGGGCGCGCACUGCCCCUGGGACCCCGACCGGAUGCGCGCCGCCGACGCCGGCGUCGUCGCCGAGCUCCGCCACCUCGCGCGCCUCCGCGACCGCUUCCGCCGCGCCGCGGCUUCCCCGGGCGGCCGCAUCCCGCGCCCCAGCCCCUCCGCCCCGCCGCUCCGCGAGGCCGUCGCGCCCUACGAGGCCGCGCUCGACGACCUCCGCCGACAGCUCCAGGGCAAGCAGGCCGAGGUGGACGGGCUCAAGGAGAAGCUCGCCGCCGCCGCCACCCGCCGCAGCAACGCGCGCCUCCACCCCUCCAAGAAGCACCACCACAUCCUCGCCGCCGCCCCCGCCGCGGAGGUCGGCGCGCCGACGGCGGAGCUGUUCGUCGCAUGCGCCGAGCAGGCCCGCGCGGCGACGCGGGCGUUCGCGGCGCACCUCCUCCACCUGCUCCGCGCGGCUGGGCUGGACCCAGCGGCGGCCACGCGGUCCGUCACCAAGAUCCCGGUCACCUCCCCGCAGCUCGCCAAACACGCGCUGGAGGCGCACGCCACGGCCGUCCUGCUCGGCGGCUUCGAGCACGAGUCCUUCUACCUGGACGGGUCCCUCUCGUCCCUCCUCGACCCGGCGGCGUUCCGGCGGGAGCGGUACGCGCAGUACCGCGACAUGCGCGGCAUGGACCCGGGCGAGCUCCUGGGCGUGCUCCCGACCUGCUCCUUCGGGCGGUACGCCGCCAGCAAGUUCGCGUCCCUGCUCCCGCCGCGCGUGGAGGAGGCCGUCCUCGGCGGCGACGAGCACAAGAAGGCGGGGGCGCACCCGCGGACGCCGUUCUACGGUGAGUUCCUGCGGGCGGCCAAGGCGGUGUGGCUGCUGCACCUGCUGGCGUUCGCGCUGGAGCCGCCGCCCAGCCACUUCGAGGCCGGCCGCGGCGCCGAGUUCCACCCGGAGUACAUGGAGAGCGUGGCCGGGUCCGCUCCCCGCGGCGGCAUGGUGGUCGGGUUCGCGGUGGCGCCGGGGUUCAAGCUGUGCAACGCCGCCGUGGUGCGCGCCCGGGUGUACCUCGUGCCCCGCGGCAGCCGACAGUGACACCCACUGUGGCAGACGGGGCGAGAUCACGGAUGCGAUCCGCAUGAGCCACGGGCCACCCCAUCUCUCCUGCUAGCUGGAGCCUGGUGCAGCUACCCGAGCUGCACUUGACUCCCUGCCUUAAUUAGUUCCCCCAUGUACUUGAUCCUUGCUAAAGCUAAGCUCUCUCGAGAAAUCUCAUGUGUAAAACCUUGUUCACUGAAGUGUUCCAACUAACAGUACAAUUUUCCUGGCUCA